ACGCGGUCAAAGAUAUAAGACAGGGUUAGAGUGGGCAAGAAAAGAAGGUCUAGACUAUGAGGCGUGCUGUCUACCGGUGCACGGGUAAAGUCUAUCCUCACUUCAAUCGCUCUCUACGAGUUGUAUCCUUGCCAUGGCUAUUUUGUCUCAGGCCGAGGAGGAGCUCUCUCCUUCAAACCUGGGCCCAGAAUACGUGGGCUUCGACCAUAUCACAUGGUAUGUUGGCAACGCGAAGCAGGCUGCAAGCUACUACGUCACUCGCUUGGGCUUCGAGCAUGUUGCAUACCGGGGACCCGACACGGGGUCUCGGAAUAUCGUGUCCUACGUGGUUGCCAAUCACGGCGCCACCUUUGUCCUUACCUCGCCCGUUCGUACUCCGUCAAAGACAGAUGGCGCUGUGUCUGAGUGCGAUGAGAAGCCCUCUCUAGCUGAGAUCCACGCUCAUUUGACCAAACACGGAGACGGAGUCAAAGAUGUCGCGUUCAGGAUCGAUGGUGAUGUGGAGAGUAUCUGGAAGAGAGCGAUCAGCAACGGUGCAACUUCCAUCACGGCACCUCAGAUUUUAGCAGACGGAGACAGUGGCAGCAUCAGCGUGGCUACUGUAGGGGCGUAUGGAGACACGACGCAUACGCUGAUCAGCCGGCAACACUACUCAGGGCCUUUCCUCCCCGGCUACAAGGCGGUGGUUGAGGAGGAUCCCAUAAAUCGACUCCUUCCACAGAUCGACUUUAUCGAAAUCGACCAUUGCGUCGGCAACCAGCCUUCGAACGGUGUCGGCUCCGUCGUGAAAUACUACGAAGACUGUUUCAACUUCCACCGGUACUGGACCGUGGACGACUCGAGCAUGUGUGGGGAAUACUCAGCCAUGCGCUCCAUCGUCGUCGCGUCACCCAAUGAAGUGAUCAAGAUGCCCAUGAACGAGCCAGCACCUGGGAAGAAGAAGUCCCAGAUCGAGGAAUUUGUCGACUUCUACAACGACGCUGGAGUCCAACAUAUCGCAUUCCGAACGCACGAUAUCGUCACGGCCGUCAGCCGACUCCGGCAGCGCGGCAUGUCCUUCCUGCGCGGCAUGUCCUUCCUGCGCGUCCCGGACGAGUAUUAUAUCGACCUGCGGCGGCGGCUCUCCGAUGGUGGUCCGCGGAUCGCAGAGGAUAUCGAGCGAUUGCGAGAGCUGCACAUCCUGGUGGAUUUCGACGAGAAGGGCUACCUGCUCCAGAUCUUCACCAAGCACGUGCUAGACCGCCCGACGGUUUUUCUGGAGGUCAUCCAGCGCAACAAUCUCGAUGGAUUCGGCGCCGGGAACUUCAAGAGUCUGUUCGAAGCCUUCGAACGAGAGCAGGCGUUACGGGGGAAUCUGUGAUCGGUAUAAGAUAUCUUGCAUUAUGCCUGAACAAGAAAAUCUCAUUAGAUCAUCAUCAAGAAAGAUCGACAGGGAAGCAAGACAGGUAUUAUUCCGCAGCGUC